GAGCCGCCUCCCCUCCCCCCACGGCCCCAGUCCGGGCCGGGCCCCGCUGAGGAGGAGGAGGAGGCGGCUCCGAGGGGGCUCCGGACAGAUCCUCGGCUCUGGCUCACCCCAGCGGGACCCCAUGACCUUCCCUGACAGCCCCUCACCAUGAGUGAGGACUCAUGCCGCACCCGGAGCCAGAAGCGCGCCCUGGAGCGGGACUCGGAGCCCGACAGUAAAAAACUCAGGAUGGACAAAGGAGUUCUGGGGUCCGAGCUUGGCUCCGAGGGGGACAUGAAGAUCAAAGCGGAUCCCGGAGCCGGGAAGGUCCCGGGAACGCUGAAAAGCGGGGAAGUCAAAGCCACCAUCAAAGUGGAGCUGCCGGCAGCAGCAGCAGCAGCAGCAGCAGCAGCAGCGGGGGAUGAGCCCGUGGACAUGAGCACAUCCAAAGGGGAGUGCCGGCGGGAGCGGCGCGUUCCCUCCCCGGACGUGAUCGUGCUGUCGGACAACGAGCCCUCGAGCCCCCGCGUCAACGGGCUGGCCCGGCUGGCCCUGCCCGAGCCCGGCACCGAGGCCCUGCUGCGGAGCCCGGAGCAGCGGGAGCGCCUGAUCAAGCAGCUGCAGGAGGAGCUGAGGCUGGAGGAGGCCAAGCUGGUGCUGCUCAAGAAGCUCCGGCAGAGCCAGAGCCAGAAGGAGACACCAGCGCCCAAGCUUUCCUCGGGCCCCUCUGGAAGCGCUGCGGCCACGCCCCCGCCCUUGGUGCGGGGCCCUCAGGCUGUUCCCGCUGGGAAAACUUCCCUCCAGCCCUCCUCCAGCCGCGUUCCGGGCUCGGGGCUCCCGCCCCCGCUGCUCCGGGGGGGCCAAGCGGCCGCCUCCAAGCAGAGCCCCCAGAUUGUGAUGCCCCCCCUGGUCCGAGGGGCCCAGCAAAUCCACACCAUCCGGCAGCACUCGAGCACGGGCCCGCCGCCGCUGCUGCUGGCGCCGCGCGCCUCGGUGCCCUCGGUGCAGAUCCAGGGCCAGAGGAUCAUCCAGCAGGGCCUGAUCCGCGUGGCCAACGUGCCCAACGCCAGCCUGCUGGUCAACAUCCCCCAGGCAUCCCCCACGUCCCUGAAGGGCUCGGCGGUGCCCUCGGGCCAGGCGGGCGCGGCCCCCGCGGGUGGCACGGCGCUGGGGGGCACGGGCGAGGCCCCGGGCAGCCGCCAGGCCGCGGCCAAGCUGGCGCUGCGCAAGCAGCUGGAGAAGACCCUGCUGGAGAUCCCCCCGCCCAAACCGCCCGCGCCCGAGAUGAACUUCCUGCCCAGCGCCGCCAACAACGAGUUCAUCUACCUGGUGGGGCUGGAGGAGGUGGUGCAGAACCUGCUGGAGAGCCAAGGGAAGGUGGCGGUGGCCGUGUCCUGCCGGGAGCCCUACCUGUGUGCCCAGUGCCACACGGACUUCACGUGCCGCUGGCGGGAGGAGAAGAACGGCACCAUCAUGUGCGAGACCUGCAUGGCCUCCAACCAGAAGAAGGCCCUGAAGGCCGAGCACACGAACCGGCUCAAGGCCGCCUUCGUCAAGGCCCUGCAGCAGGAGCAGGAGAUCGAGCAGAGGAUCCUGCAGCAAACGGCCCCGCCCGGGCAGCCCAAGGCCGAGCCCGUGGGGCAGCACCACGCGCUCAAGCAGAGCUCCAGCCAGCUGUCGCGGGGCGCCUCGCGGGGCGUGCUGCACCCCUUCAGCUCCUCGCCCAAGCUGCAGAGCUCCUCGGGCAGCGCCGCGCUGGGCGCCCGGCCCGGCAAGCACGCCGACAGGGCCGGCAGCAAGGGCGGCGCCGCCUGGAAGAAGAACCCCAUCAGCACAGGCGGGGCCCUGCCCUUCGUCAGCCCCGCGCUGGCCGUGCACAAGUCGGCCUCGGCCGUGGAGCGGCAGCGCGAGUAUCUCCUGGACAUGAUCCCGCCCCGCUCCAUCCCACAGUCGGCCACGUGGAAAUAAUUCCCGAGGGAGGACUUUUCCAGGCUCUGCCAUCCUUUCUUUUCUACCACAAUUCCGUGGAAUCUGCUUUAAUCCCAGCUGGAUAACGCCCCGAGGCUUUCUAGGAUGCAGCACCACCACUCCUCAUCCGUCCCUGCCGGGAGAAGUGACCGCGUCGGGGUGGCCGAAGCCCGGCUCCGUUGGCUCCCAGAUUUUUCAUGGAAGCUGGCAGGGAAAGGGGGAAGAAUUCCUUAAUUUUUUUUUUUUUUUUGGCUUUUUUUCCGUAUUUAGUUUUGAAAUUUUUUUGGCACCAGCACAAAAAGAAAAAAAAACAACGAACCAUGAAAGGACUCAGCGACUCCUCUCUGCCUUCGCCGACGCCGAACUUUUUGCUGGGAACACUCCGGAAUUCCGGAAUUUUGGGGCGUGGAGAGAGGAAUUCCAGCCCCAUCCUGCGUUUAGUGAGCCGAGUUCAUGGCUGCUCCUGAUCCCUGCUCCUCCUCCAGCCGGGAAAGCAGGCGGCACAUCCCCAGAUUCCCAAAAUUCCAACGAUCCCAAGAAGAAGAAGGAGGAAAGUGCAAAUCUCUGGUUCCGGUUGAGUUUGGUUUGGUUUUCUCCCUUAGGGAUUGGCUGCCGCCCAAACCUUGGCUGGGAGGUGGGAAUUGCUGCGGGAAAUUCCCACUUUUUUCCUUGGAUUCUGGUUGGAAUCAGACUUUGGAACCGUUGGUAGUUUCCAAACUUUGCAGUUACUGAGAGACAAAAUCCACCUUGGUUCUUUCUCAUCCCGCGAAUUUUGGGCCUUCCCGACGUUCCCAGAGACUCCAAAGCGAAACUUUUUGGGAAUUUUUUUUCCUUUGGGAGGGUUGGUUGGGUUGGUUUUGUUUCUUUGGGUUUUUUUUCCUUCCUUUUCUGUUGUUGUUUUGAGGGAUAUUGUUCCGAAAUUUACAGGAAUUCCAGAAGCUGAUGCAGGCAGGGAGGGUUGGGAGCCAUUCCCAAUCCUUCCCUCCGUGGUUCGAGUUCUUCCAGGCAUCCCAAGCAUGCUCCUGUAUCCAUUUGGGAUGGAGUUUUCCAUUGUUUUUUUGGGAAUUCCAGAGGUUCAACCCAAAUUCCAUCCGGGGGCCAGUUUGGUUUAAUUUUUGGUUUCUCAUCCUCUUUUUCCUUGGGCUUCUUCCUGAAUUCCAGACAAAUCCAAGGGGCAGAAUUCCAGGCCUUAUUCCAGUGAGGAGAAUUCUUCGGGAAAUUUGGGCAAUUUUCUUGGGGAAAUUAUAAAUAUAUAUAAUUUAGAGAUCUAUAUAUAUUUAAAAAAAAGUGUGUGUAGGGGGGGGAAAUUCAGGAAAAUCGGGAUUUAUUUUCUUAGGAAUCGCUGAAGCCAAGAAUUCCUUUGGGAUCAACCCCUCGUAUCCGAGGGACAAACCCCCUCCUCCCUUUUCCCACUUUUCCUGGUGUUUCCAUGUUUAGGGAUUUAGUUUAGGAAAAAAAAAAAACAACAGCCUUGUUUUCCAAACUGGGAUUUGUUGGAUUAAAACCCCCGGAAUUCCCAGCUGGACGUGGAUUUUGGGGUGUUUUCCAUAGGGAUGUGAAGAGCUCAGAUGUGGGAAUUGGGUUGGAAUUUUGGAAUUUGGAGUUUUGUUUUCAUUCCAAGCUUGGGCUGGGAGAUGCCACCAGCGUGGAAUUCCUUCAGUUCCAUUGGAUUUUAUGGAAAAGUUGCCGUUCCUUUCCCACAUGGAAUUUUUUGGGGUUGGUUCAGGGGAAUUUUCCUCUCCUGUUUUUUUUCCUCAUGGAUGCCAACGUUUGGAAAAAGUUCAUUUAUUCCCCAAAAAAAAAUCCCAACAAAAUUCCUCCAAUUAAAUUUUUUUUUUUUUUUUUUUGGGGUGGGGGGAAAACCUGGUUCAUUUAUUCCCAGAGUUUGGAUGAUUCCUGAAAAAAAAAAACCCCAGGGAAUGGAAGAGUCACAGAAGGAUUUAAUGGGAUAAAAACAAUGUCAAAACUUUCUGGAUCCCAGCAGAAUUCCCUUGGAAAUUGGAAUUUCAGCCAGUUUUGUUUCAUUAAAAUAAUCAGGGAUGUUGGAAUUGAAGGAUUUGGAAUUAAAAAUCCAAACAAGUCUCUGCAUCCAGACUUGCAAAUAUUCCAUCCUGAUUUUAUUUGGAUGGAUAAUUCAGGAUAAAUCCCAAAGAAAAAUUAUUUGGGAGAUGGGGGGGACAUUUGUUUGGAAGGGAAAAUCCAGCACGGAUUGAGGCUGGAAAACCAAAAUAUUUCACGGGAUGGGGCUGAAACUCAAAUUCCCACCUGGAAGGCGACUCCUGGGAUCCAGCCUGGUUCUGACGUGGUUUUUUCCGGAACGUUCUUGGAAUGCUGCUGGGAAUUUGGAGGGUUUGUUUGAUUCCAUCCACGUUCCUGCCACAUUUGGGAUCAGUCUGGGAGGAGAUUCCGUGUUGGAAGGCCGGGGUGGAUUUUCCUUCGCAGUCCCAGUUCCCUGUUCCCGUGGGGGUUUUUUGGGAUCGGGAUGGUUCAGGUUCAAAGUUGUUCCAGCUCUUCAAUACAGAUUUUCCAAACCUC